UGGGUGGGCGGAGCCGGAAAUAGAGCCUAGUCGAGAGGAUCCUGUCCGGCUGGGGCGGAGGGAAGGGGGAGGGAACUAAAGGAGGAGGAGGUUAACCGAGGCAGCAACAGCGGCGGCGGCGCAGGGGCUGGUACGCGCUGGGCGGUGAGAGCCUCAUGGCGGAGGAAGAGAGCGACCAAGAGGCCGAACGCCUCGGGGAAGAGCUCGUAGCCAUUGUGGAGUCCCCGCCCGGCCCUGUAGGGCUUAGAACUGCGGGCGACGACAGAGGCGGCGCUGGCGGCGGCAGCUGCGGCGGCUGCGGCGUCGGGAUCAGCAGUCGGGAUUACUGUCGACGCUUCUGUCAGGUGGUGGAAGAUUAUGCUGGAAGAUGGCAGGUCCCUUUGCCACAGCUGCAGGUUCUUCAGACUGCACUUUGUUGUUUUACAUCAGCCAGUGCAUCAUUCCCAGAUGAAUGUGAGCACGUGCAAUAUGUUCUGAGUAGCCUUGCUGUGAGUUUCUUUGAGUUGCUGCUGUUCUUUGGAAGAGAUGAGUUUUAUGAAGAGCCUUUAAAGGAUAUUCUUGGAUCAUUCCAGGAAUGCCAGAAUCACCUCCGCAGAUAUGGAAAUGUGAAUCUGGAACUGGUGACUCGAAUCAUUAGAGAUGGUGGUCCAUGGGAAGAUCCAGUGUUGCAAGCUGUUCUUAAAGCCCAGCCAGCAUCUCAGGAGAUAGUGAAUAGAUAUUUAAGUUCUGAAAAUCCACUGUUCUUUGAACUACGUGCCAGAUACCUAAUUGCUUGUGAACGCAUACCUGAAGCAAUGGCUCUUAUUAAAUCUUGUAUAAAUCACCCAGAAAUCAGUAAAGACUUGUACUUCCAUCAAGCACUCUUCACAUGUCUGUUUAUGUCACCUGUGGAAGAUCAGCUAUUCCGGGAGCACUUAUUGAAAACUGAUUGUAAGAGUGGAAUUGAUAUCAUAUGUAACACUGAAAAAGAAGGCAAGACAAUUUUAGCCUUGCAACUCUGUGAAUCCUUUCUUAUUCCACAGCUCCAGAGUGGAGAUAUGUACUGUAUCUGGGAGUUGAUUUUCAUAUGGAGUAAACUACAGCUUAAAUCUAAUCCUUCAAAACAAGUUUUUGUAGAUCAAUGCUACCAGCUUUUAAGAACAGCAACUAAUGUGAGAGUCAUAUUUCCUUUCAUGAAAAUCAUUAAAGAUGAGGUUGAAGAAGAAGGCUUGCAAAUUUGUGUUGAAAUAUGUGGUUGUGCUCUACAACUAGACCUUCAUGAUGAUCCCAAAACUAAAUGUCUUAUUUAUAAGACAAUCGCACAUUUUUUGCCAAAUGAUUUGGAGAUCCUCAGGAUUUGUGCACUCUCAAUAUUUUUUCUUGAGCGCUCAUUAGAAGCUUAUCAUACUGUUGAAGAGCUUUACAAACGUCCAGAUGAAGAAUAUAAUGAAGGCACAAGUAGUGUUCAAAAUCGUGUUCGUUUUGAAUUACUUCCAAUUUUGAAAAAAGGACUGUUUUUUGAUCCUGAAUUUUGGAACUUUGUAAUGAUUAAGAAAAAUUGUGUAGCAUUAUUGAGUGAUAAAUCAGCAGUUAGAUUUCUAAAUGAAAGUACACUGGAAAAUUCUACAGGUAAUCUAAAAAAGAUAGUGGAACAGCAAGGUCUAGAGGAAGGGCUUGAGAUUUUUAUAGAUCAGAGCACUGAAGAGACUGACCCUGAUGAAAUAUAUGGAGUGCAACCUAAAAGUCAUACUAAUACAAAGAAAAACCUUACAGCUCUUAAUACUUCCAAAGUAGAUCACAAUGUUCCAAGGCAUCGGUGUAUGUUAUGUAACAAGGAAUUUCUUGGUGGCCACAUUGUAAGGCAUGCCCAGGCUCAUCAGAAAAAAGGCAGCUUUUCAUGUGUAAUAUGUGGUAGGAAGUUUAGAAACAGAGGACUUAUGCAGAAGCAUUUAAAGACUCAUGUUAAGAAGAUACAAAGACAGCAAAUUGCUGCAGCUCAACAGGAUGAUCAGGAAAUCACUGUUUUGGAAGAAGUAAAUUAUUCCAGUUCUUCUGUUUCAUUUGAAAAUGGGAAUUCUGAUAAUAAGGAUUUGGAAGUAGAUACCCUUACUGCAUCCAGUGAUGGAAACAAAGAAGUCAUUCCUGAGCAUGUGGAUGGAUUAACUGAAAUUCCCCUAAAUGUACCAGAAGCUGUUACUGAAAACAUCAUUGAAAAUGGCAGUCCUGGCGCCACCUUAAAUAAUGUCUCAGCACCUUUACCUGAAUGUGUGGAUGACUAUGAGGAGGAAGAGGAUGAAGAAGGUAAUUAUGAAGAAGAUGAUUAUGACCUGAAUCAAGAAACUUCAGUACUUCAUAAAAUCAAUGGAACUGUGUGUCAUCCAAAAGAUAUAUAUGCUACAGAUCAAGAAGGAAACUUUAAGUGCCCUGCUCUUGGCUGUGUAAGGAUAUUUAAAAGAAUUGAAUUUCUAAAUAAACAUGCAAGGACUGUACAUCCGACUGAUUUAAAUGUGCGGCAAACAGUAAUGAAGUGGAGCAAAGGGAAAUGUAAAUUUUGUCAACGGCAAUUUGAAGAUUCUCAGCAUUUUAUAGAUCACCUUAAUAGACAUAGCUAUCCCAAUGUGUACUUCUGUCUGCAUUUUAAUUGCAAUGAGUCAUUUAAGCUGCCAUUCCAGCUUGCCCAACAUACAAAGAGUCACAGGAUAUUUCAAGCUCAGUGUAGUUUUCCAGAAUGCCAUGAGCUUUUUGAAGAUCUCCCUCUGCUAUAUGAACAUGAAGCUCAGCACUAUUUAAGUAAAACACCAGAAUCAUCUGCACAACCAAGUGAAGCAGUUCUUUGGGAUGUUCAUACAGACUCAGAUCCUACUCACCAGGAAAAAGACUCAUCUAGUAAUGAGAAACAAACUAUUAAUCUGCCAGUUUUUAUUAACAAAUCAAGGAAAGAUUUUACAGAACCAAAGACGUACAUAGCAAGUAUAGAAAAGAAAACAGAUGGUUUAAUUCAGAAUGGAAAUGAACAUUCUGAUGACGCUGUUUCAAAUAUAAGCUUGGUAGACCAAAAGAUGCCUGAUACAGAGCCAAAUUCUGAAAAUAAUUGUAGUAUUAGUGAUUUAGUCAAUGGACACAGUGAAAUAGAGCAAACACCUUUAGUCGUGUCAGAUCCUGUUUUGAAAAUUGAUACAAACAGAAUCAGGACAGAAAAUGGUUCCGUGUUACCCAGUGUUGUACCACAAGAACACAAUACCCUGCCAGUAUCUCAGGCACCUUCCAAACCAAAUCUGAGAAGUGAACAUACUUCAUAUGGCUUGAUCUUAACAAAGCCGUAUGUCCGACCAUUGCCUCCCAGUUACCUUGAUGAACGGUACCUUAGUAUGCCAAAACGCAGAAAAUUUCUGACUGAUAAAGUAGAUGCCUGUUCUGAUCAAGAUAAUGUUUAUAAAAAGCCAGUGAAAAGAUUAAGAUGUGGCAAAUGCUUGACCACCUACUGUAAUGCAGAAGCACUUGAGGCUCAUCUUGCACAAAAAAAAUGUCAGACACUCUUUGGAUUUGAUUCAGAUGAUGAAAGUGCCUGAUAAAAAUAUUUCAGAAAAAUCUCUUAAUCAAGCAGUAGUGUGAAAAAAGCACUACAAGAAAACGCAUCUUCAGUUUGCUAUUUCCCUGAUGGCCUUAAUUUUAGAGUGGUCUCGGAUUCUAAAGAUAAAGAAAAAGCACAUUUUCUGGAAUGAACUCACAGAGGAGAUGUGCUGGCUUAGACUCCAAAAGGGUUAUUAUAGACCCCCAAAGUACCAGUUAUCCAGAAAACCACAUUUUUAAAAGCUUAUGAUAAUUAGUAGCAGCAUGUUCAGUUUUGCUUAUGUGAGAAACAUGUUCAGGCACUUGUCAGAAAGAAAAACCAAUGAUGGCCUUACAAAAAGGGAAAAAUUAACACAUUAUACAAAAGGUGGGGGGGGGCUGGUUUUCAAUAAUAAACAAAAUAUUCUAUAAAUGGGAUUUAUUUUCUUGUCAUGCAUAAUCAUAUUAUGUCCUCCCUUCUGGUCAGACAUGUUUUAGGAACCAUCUCUGUUUGGUUUGUGAUAUGAUUUAGAAACUGAUAAAUGAAAAUAAAAA